AUGGCUCGCAUGCUCUUCUUGGUGCUUCCUUGCCUCGUGGCAGCAGAGCCUCAGUCCCUCCGUGGCGCCGACGUGCCGCGCAAGCUCUUCGAUGAUGUGGCUUGCACUGGCAGCGGGGGCUUGUCUCAGGACGCCCCUUCUUGCUACGGAGGCCAGGUGCUCGUCGAGAGCUUCUCGCUUCACGUCCUGAGCUAUGACGGCUCCACAGGCAUUGUGGACAUGAAGGCCGAGGGUCCCCAGACGGCCGAGUGCGAGGGAGCAGAGUUCCAGAACGAUGACAAUGCCAUUACCAUCGAGAACGAUCAUGGAUGUGGAUUGGCCAACUACGAGUACUCCGUCAGGUAUUGCCCAGACCAGGAUCACGCAUCUUUGCUGCAAGGGGCCGGGGGUGAAAGGACACUAAGACACUAA